UGCAUGAUGCGACGAACACACCCUGACACUGACACACAGCCCUUCAACUCCAAGCCCGUUGAAUAGAGUAGCACCUAACUGGCCUGCUCUGCGACUAACUACGCUACCAUACUACUGCUACCUAUUCGGGCCAACGAACAUCUUCAACACCUCUGGCCCCCCUCGCACAGCUCACUCAACCAUCUUCCGAUCCCAACUGCUACCUACCUGCCGGCGAACUCCAUCGAACGUGCUAACAGCUGUCUUGACAACUGUUCAUCGCCAUCUCUCUGCCCUACCCUCUUUCCCACGUCGAACCCCCCGAGUUCCGACAGAGACCCCCCCCUCUCCCCUCCCCCCUUGGACCACCAAACUUCUCCGACAUCCUCAACCCCCCUCAAAAGCGAUCUCGUCUCGUAUCGCGGUUCUUUAGCUUGGAAGCCUGUCACCUUCGCGAAACCGUUCCCUCCGGCAUCCAACUCGGGAAAGUCUUCUAUGGCGGCCUCAGCGUAUGGGCACCAGCUCGCAUCACACCUUCCGGGUCACCGUCCCACGGUAGCUCCCGUUCCAAACAUCCCGCCAGGCACCUUUCCUCCCGGUACCGCCAUCACCGUCGGAGCACACAAAUGUGUCAUAGAACGAUAUCUCUCCGAAGGCGGCUUCGCACACGUUUACCUGGUGAAAUUGUCGCUUCCCGUGCAUGGCUCGGACAUAGCGGUGCUGAAGCGUGUGGCUGUUCCGGACAAGGAGGCCCUCGCCAGCAUGCGGACCGAAGUGGACACAAUGAAACGGUUAAAAGGACAUCGACACAUCGUAACCUACAUUGAUUCGCACGCGUCGCAUCUGAAGGGCGGGGGUUAUGAGGUCUUUCUGUUGAUGGAAUAUUGUUCAGGCGGCGGGUUAAUCGACUUCAUGAACACUCGACUACAGCACCGGCUUACCGAACCGGAGGUUUUGAAAAUAUUCAGCGAUGUCACCCAAGGAGUUGCUUGCAUGCAUUACCUGCAACCCCCACUGCUCCACCGUGAUUUAAAGGUCGAGAAUGUUCUGAUAGCUCAGAGUGGAGGUUACAAGGUCUGCGACUUUGGCUCUUGCUCUGCCGUGAAACCGGCACCCCAGUCAGUAGUCGAAUGCCGGCUUCUGGAAGAGGAUAUCCAGAAGCACACGACACUUCAGUAUCGGUCACCGGAAAUGGUUGACGUGUUCCGCAAGCUGCCUAUCGACGAAAAGUCCGACAUAUGGGCCUUGGGUGUGCUUCUUUACAAGCUUUGCUACUACACGACGCCAUUCGAGGAACAGGGACAACUGGCAAUCCUCAAUGCCUCGUUUUCAUUUCCCCCGCAUCCCGUAUUCUCCGAUAGGCUCAAGAAUUUGAUAGCUUCUAUGCUUCGCGAACAACCGCACCAAAGGCCGAAUAUUUAUCAAGUUCUUCGGGAAGUUUGCUACCUUCGCGGUAGGGAGGUGCCGAUCAAAGACAUUUAUUCCCCGCGAUCGACUCCCGUGCCGGCUCAAGUCGAAAAGCAUUUGCCUUCGCUCCCGGUUCAAUCAUCUCCGAGCGUUGUAGCAUAUCAGGUGCCGGCUCAGGCGGAAUCGCUGCCGAUUCCGGAUAUUGUUCCCAUGCGUCGAGGUAGACCGACAAAGAGUCAGCCCGCUUCAUCUAACCCUCACUCGACCGCAACGUCGAGGACCCGGGUGGGGGUUCCAUCGCCUCAAGUCCGACCCACAACAAUCGACCCAUUUGCAGCGUUGGAUAAAAAUACGGCGCAUCUCUCCCAGGACGAACUCUCGAAUAGGUUUCCGAGUGUUGAGCAGUUCUCGUUGCUUCACGACUCUGGCAGUAAAUUCCAGUUCAUGGAUGAUAAAUCACCCGGUGCAGGUCAAGGCUUCGAUGAGAAUCUGGCGGAAAGGCUUGCGGAGGAUGCGUUCGCCACAGUGUCGUCCCCGAAGGCGGGUCUUCUCAGGAGCACCUCGACAGAACUAUUGAGUCAACCCCAGAGCAUUUCACGAGGCGCAACAGGCACGAGUAACUACGUCCGACCCGUAUUGUAUGAACCACAGCCCAAAAGGCCGGUUAUGGUUUCGACCGGAACGAUGACAUCCCCAUCCCCGCCCCGAUCGCCUCCGCGGCAUGAGCCUCUCCCGCAAAGCCAAAAACUGACGACUCCGCCGUCGAGCAGUACCCAUGAUCGAGUAUCGGAGAGCUAUAUCCGCCAAGAGCAGCCACAGCGACCAGCGCUUCUUGAUGUCGGACGCUCGCAGACACAUGUUCUCAUCUCGUCCACUUCGCAGCCGAGCUCGUCACGACCAUCACUCGAAAUGUCUCGUGCGCUCUCGUCGACAGACAUCGGUGAACCGAUCCGGUCCAAGUCGGCGAAUGCCAAACCAAGGCCGCACAGCGUGUAUGUGGAGUCGAACCUGGAGUUUCUCCGCGACUUGGACUCCCCCAGCUCGCAGGGAACAUCGACCGGAGGAUUCCCACCUAUCGCAGGGCUCCAACUGCAGCACUCGGGACGAUCAGUCUCAUCCAUGCGAUCGGAGCACAUCGAUUCCAACGUUGUCUUCCUGCAAGUCAUGGAGGCGGAGGCCGAUGCUAACAAGCCCGAAAAACGGAAUAUCACCAGCAACUUCGUGGGGAAGCACGUCAAGCGAGCAAGCAUGCCUAGCAUAUCCCUGCCGAAAAACAAGCUGGGCGGCAAGUUUGGAGACGCCUUCCGUCGGUUCGAACGUGGGAACGCCGGAAACAACAACGGACCCGAACCCGUCCGGACCCCCAGUCCGGAAAGAAACUCACACAGCAACGGCGCCUCCCCCAUCGAUGACGAGUGGGAAGUCAGCAGCCAGGACAUCCCGCCGGAGGUGAAACGAGAGCUCGAAAAACGCCAGUUGUCGCAGGAGGAGAAACGAGUCGCCGCCGCCGCAGCCGAAUACAAACGACAGUUAGCCAGCAGAGCCGAAGGCGAACCAGUGCGGCGAACCCGCGCAAACUCGAUUCAGAAACGCGUCCACGCCCUCCUCAACGAGACGAACAAGGAGCCCCCUCCCAAGACCGCCGAGGGAUACGGACGCUACACGGCUGAAGCACCAGUGUCGCAACUGCCAAACGGCUCCUCCGCCUCCUCCACGACACCCGCCAACAAACCGGAGUCGUACCGGAUCACACAGAGCAGCACCGGCUACCGACCCAGCACACCCGUCUCGGCCGCCAGCGUUGCUGCUGCUGCUGCUGCUGCAAAGGUGGUGCGGAAACCCGUCGGCCCAACUCCCACACCCACGCCUACACCGCCCGCCGCCGCCUCCGCAGCAAGACCACCGCCCCCACCAAAACCUAAAAAGCUUCGGACCGGCGGCGGCAGCAGCAACAGUGCUAGCCCCGUCAUGCAGCAGCAGCAGAUGCAGCAGCCGGACGAGGACUGGGAGAGGAACUUUGCAAAGCGCUAUCCUAGCCUGAGCGGAUUGGAGAUUUCGGAUGAUUCCGCCGGUGCUGCUGGUGGUGGCGGUGGGGGCGCGAGGAGGUCGUAGCUUUUUUUUGAGAGAGAGUCGUUUCGAUUCCACUUCAUUUGACUUCUUUUGACGGAUAUAGAUUUGCAUGUUUUUUUUUCUUAUUUCUUUUUGGAUACCUUUGUGGUGUACGUUACCUUACCUGUCUUUACUUAUGAUGAUGACGAUGAUGACG